ACGGUACAAGCUGAUGAGCAAGGGGGGUUGGAACGAAAGUAAUAGCUGGUUUGGCCGUCCUUUGUUUUAAGCCAGCUAGCUAGUGAUGCUAGCUAGCUAGCAACCGAACUGAGGAACACGAGGGGGGCGGGGAGAUCUACAGAGGGAGUGUGGACUGGGAGACCUACAUCUGCGGCCGGGGGCAGUGUGUGCCAGUUUGUGUCCGAACGAGAGCGGCUGAGACAUGUCCACUCCAGACCCUCCCAUGGGAGGGACUCCCCGGCCAGGCCCCUCCCCAGGCCCUGGGCCCUCCCCCGGAGCCAUGUUGGGGCCCAGCCCUGGCCCCUCUCCGGGCUCCACCCACAGCAUGAUGGGUCCCAGCCCGGGCCCGCCCUCCUCCGGACACCCCCUCCCACCUCAGGGACCAGCGGGAUACACCCAGGAGAACAUGCACCAGUUGCACAAGCCCAUGGAGGGCAUGCAUGAGAAGGGCAUGCCUGAGGACCCUCGCUACGGGCAGAUGAAGGGUAUGGCCAUGCGUCCUGGGGCGCACAGCGGGAUGGGACCCCCGCCCAGCCCUAUGGACCAGCACUCCCAAGGUUACCCCUCUCCUCUGGGGGGCUCUGAGCAUGCCCCCAGCCCUGUCCCAGCGAACGGCCCCCCCUCUGGCCCUCUCAUGCCCUCGGGCCCCGGCAGUGUGACCCUGGAGGGCGGGGACCCCCAGGCCCUGGCCCAGCAGAACCGGAGUGGUGUUCAGGCCGGCGGCGGGACCCCUGGGUCCACGGGCACCGCCGGGGGGCCCACCCCCUUCAACCAGAACCAGCUGCACCAGCUGCGGGCCCAGAUCAUGGCCUAUAAGAUGCUGGCCCGCGGGCAGCCCCUGCCGGACCACCUGCAGAUGGCGGUGCAGGGCAAGAGGCCCAUGCAGGGCAUGCAGCCGCAGCCCGUCACUAGCCUGCCCUCCGCCCCCGGGGCCGGCCCCGGCACGGGCCCCGGACCCACCCCCGCCAGCUACAACAGACCUCACGGAAUGAUGGGCCCCAACAUGCCUCCCCCGGGACCCUCUGGUGUUCCUCCAGGAAUGCAGGGACAGCCGCCCAACGGACCGCCCAAAACCUGGCCGGAAGGCCCGAUGGUGAAUGCGGCCGCCCCCUCCAGUGCUCCUCAGAAGCUGAUCCCCCCCCAGCCCACGGGCCGCCCAUCUCCGGCCCCCCCCUCCGUGCCCCCGGCCGCCUCCCCCGUGCUGCCGCCCCAAACCCAGUCCCCCGGGCAGCCUGCCCAGCCCACCCCCAUGGUGCCCCUGCACCAGAAGCAGAACCGCAUCACGCCCAUCCAGAAGCCCUGCGGGCUGGACCCGGUGGAGAUACUGCAGGAGCGAGAGUACAGGCUGCAGGCUCGCAUCGCUCACCGCAUCCAGGAGCUGGAGAACCUGCCGGGGUCUCUGGCUGGAGACCUGAGGACCAAGGCCAACAUAGAGCUGAAGGCUCUGAGGUUGCUCAACUUCCAGAGACAGCUGCGUCAGGAGGUGGUGGUGUGUAUGAGGCGUGACUCCGCCCUGGAGACGGCCCUGGACGCCAAGGCCUACAAGCGCAGCAAGAGGCAGUCCCUGCGAGAGGCGCGCAUCACCGAGAAGCUGGAGAAGCAGCAGAAGAUUGAGCAGGAGCGCAAGCGCCGGCAGAAACACCAGGAAUACCUCAACAGCAUCCUCCAGCAUGCCAAGGAUUUCAAGGAGUACCACCGCUCCAUCACCGGAAAGAUCCAGAAACUCACCAAAGCCGUGGCCACCUACCACGCCAACACUGAGCGUGAGCAGAAGAAGGAGAACGAGCGCAUCGAGAAGGAGAGGAUGAGGAGGCUGAUGGCUGAGGAUGAGGAGGGCUACAGGAAGCUGAUCGAUCAGAAGAAGGACAAGCGCCUGGCCUACCUGCUGCAGCAGACGGACGAGUACGUGGCCAACCUGACGGAGCUGGUGCGCGCUCACAAGGCCGUCCAGGCCCUCAAGGAGAAGAAGAAGAAGAAAAAGAAGAAGCAGAAGCUGGAGAAUGCUGAGGGUCAGACUCCUGCUCUGGGUCCUGAUGGAGAGCCCCUGGAUGAGACCAGCCAGAUGAGCGACCUGCCAGUCAAGGUGAUCCAUGUGGACAGCGGGAAGAUCCUGACCGGGGUGGACGCCCCCAAGGCCGGGCAGCUGGACACCUGGCUGGAGAUGAACCCAGGGUACGAGGUGGCCCCCCGCUCCGACAGCGAGGACAGUGGUACCGAGGAGGAGGAGGAGGAAGAGGAGGAGCAGCCCCAGCCCUCCCAGGCUCCGGUGGAGGAGAAGAAGAAGAUCCCCGACCCCGACAGUGAGGACGUGUCGGAGGUGGAUGUCCGUCACAUAAUCGAGCACGCCAAACAGGAUGUGGAUGAUGAGUACGGCAGCGCGGCCUUCGCCCGCGGGCUGCAGUCCUACUACGCCGUGGCUCACGCCGUCACAGAGAGGGUGGACAAGCAGUCCUCUCUGCUGGUCAACGGGCAGCUCAAACAGUACCAGAUUAAAGGCCUGGAGUGGCUGGUGUCCCUGUACAACAACAACCUGAACGGGAUCCUGGCAGACGAGAUGGGCCUGGGGAAGACCAUCCAGACCAUCGCCCUCAUCACUUACCUCAUGGACAACAAGCGCAUCAACGGACCCUUCCUCAUCAUCGUGCCCCUCUCAACUCUCUCCAACUGGGUGUAUGAGUUUGAUAAGUGGGCUCCAUCUGUGGUGAAAGUGUCUUACAAGGGCUCUCCGGCUGCCAGACGGGCCUUCGUACCUCAGCUGCGCAGCGGCAAGUUCAAUGUGCUGCUGACCACCUACGAGUACAUCAUCAAGGACAAACAAGUGCUGGCUAAGAUCCGCUGGAAGUACAUGAUUGUGGACGAGGGCCACCGCAUGAAGAACCACCACUGCAAGCUGACGCAGGUGCUGAACACACACUACCUGGCCCCGCGGCGCGUGCUCCUGACCGGGACCCCCCUGCAGAACAAGCUGCCCGAGCUCUGGGCCCUGCUCAACUUCCUGCUGCCCACCAUCUUCAAGAGCUGCAGCACCUUCGAGCAGUGGUUCAACGCCCCCUUCGCCAUGACUGGGGAGAAGGUGGACCUGAACGAGGAGGAAACCAUCCUGAUCAUUCGCCGCCUGCACAAGGUGCUCCGCCCCUUCCUGCUGCGCAGGUUGAAGAAGGAAGUAGAGGCCCAGCUGCCUGAGAAGGUGGAGUACGUGAUUAAGUGUGACAUGUCAGCUCUGCAGAGAGUGCUGUACAGGCACAUGCAGGCCAAGGGAGUCCUGCUCACUGACGGCUCUGAAAAGGACAAGAAGGGCAAGGGAGGCACUAAGACCCUGAUGAAUACCAUCAUGCAGCUGAGGAAGAUCUGCAAUCACCCCUACAUGUUCCAGCAAAUCGAGGAGUCCUUCUCCGAGCACUUGGGCUUCACCGGAGGCAUAGUUCAAGGGGCGGACCUGUACCGCGCCUCAGGGAAGUUCGAGGUACUGGACCGCAUCCUGCCCAAACUGAGGGCCACCAACCACAAAGUGCUGCUCUUCUGCCAGAUGACCUCACUCAUGACCAUCAUGGAGGACUACUUCGCCUACCGCAGCUUCAAGUACCUGCGCCUGGACGGGACUACGAAAGCAGAGGAUCGUGGGAUGCUGCUGAAGACGUUCAACGACCCCGCCUCCCAGUACUUCAUCUUCCUCCUGAGCACGCGGGCGGGGGGGCUGGGCCUCAACCUGCAGUCGGCCGACACCGUGGUCAUCUUCGACAGCGACUGGAACCCCCACCAGGACCUGCAGGCCCAGGACCGGGCCCACCGCAUCGGGCAGCAGAACGAGGUGCGCGUAUUACGCCUCUGCACUGUCAACAGUGUGGAGGAGAAGAUCCUGGCCGCCGCCAAGUACAAGCUCAACGUGGACCAGAAGGUCAUCCAGGCCGGCAUGUUCGACCAGAAGUCCUCCAGCCACGAGCGCCGUGCCUUCCUGCAGGCCAUCCUGGAGCACGAGGAACAGGACGAGGAGGAGGAUGAGGUACCUGAUGAUGAAACAGUGAACCAGAUGAUUGCCAGGAGCGAGGAGGAGUUUGACCAUUUCAUGCGCAUGGACCUGGACCGGCGGCGGGAGGACGCGCGGAACCCCAAGCGGAAGCCGCGGCUGAUGGAGGAGGACGAGCUGCCCUCCUGGAUCAUCAAGGACGACGCCGAGGUGGAGCGCCUCACCUGCGAGGAGGAGGAGGAGAAGAUGUUCGGCCGCGGCUCCCGCCAGCGCAAGGAGGUGGACUACAGCGACUCGCUCACCGAGAAGCAGUGGCUCAAGGCUAUAGAAGAGGGCACGCUGGAGGAGAUCGAGGAGGAGGUUAGGCACAAGAAGACGACGCGUAAACGCAAGCGGGACCGCGACCUGGACAUGCCCGGCCCGGCCACGCCCAGCUCCAGCGGCACCCGCAGCCGCGACAAGGACGAGGAGAGCAAGAAGCAGAAGAAACGCGGCCGGCCGCCCGCCGAGAAGCUGUCCCCCAACCCCCCCAACCUCACCAAGAAGAUGAGGAAGAUCGUCGACGCUGUCAUCAAGUACAAGGACACGAGCAACGGGAGGCAGCUGAGCGAGGUCUUCAUCCAGCUGCCAUCACGCAAGGAGCUGCCCGAGUACUACGAGCUCAUCCGCAAACCCGUCGACUUCAGGAAGAUCAAGGAGAGGAUCCGCAGUCACAGGUACCGCAGCCUGAGUGAUUUGGAGAAGGACGUGAUGCUGCUCUGCCAGAACGCGCAGACCUUCAACCUGGAGGGCUCCCUGAUCUAUGAGGACUCCAUCGUGCUGCAGUCCGUCUUCACCAGCGUGCGGCAGAAAAUUGAGAAGGAGGAAGACAGCGAGGGCGAUGACAGUGAGGAAGAGGAGGAUGAGGCAGAUGAAGGCUCAGAGUCUGAGUCCCGCUCAGUAAAGGUGAAGAUCAGGCUGGGCAGGAAGGAGAAGGGCCUGGAGCGGGGGAAGGGCCGGCGCAGGAUGGGGCGUGGCUCCAGGGCCAAACCGGUGGUGAGCGACGACGACACUGAGGAGGAGCAGGAGGAGGAGCCUUCAGCCAGUGGCAGUGAAGAAGACUGAGCCACAGCUGAGUGGACCAAUUACCCACAGUGACUCACAUCCUUGUCUUCUGCCAAAACAGCCCUAGGGUAGUCUGGGACAUGUAGUCAGGGACUUGUGAGGAUGGGGUAGUUUUAUAUAGAUAGGUUGUUUUAUGUGGAUAAUGUAUCCAAUGAUUAAGUUAGUAUUAUGAAAUGAAACGAUGAAGGAACUCAUACGGAAAAUAUUCACUUCCGUAUUUGUACUGCUAUCCCAGUAUAUAAUGGGACCAUUUGUCUAGUCUUUGUUAGUUUUUUUAAAUAUUAUUAGGUACGUAGCUAAGCAACUGAACCAUGGACCAUAAAGACAGUUUUAAAUUAAUUUUUAUUGUAUUUAUUUGUCAUGUAACUUAAACUCACCAUGUUCCGAACAGAACAAGGGGAAGUGGACGCUUCCACCAGAAGGUGACGUCAGUUCAAUGGCAUUUCUUCUCCUGAGGAAUGUGAUUUAUGAUUAUGGUUGCUUAUUGACUAUCUCAGACACUAAAACACUUUAAUUGAUGUGUAUUGGACCAAUAGUUAUAGAGAAAAUGACAAAUAACUGCACAACGUCCCUGUGUUUGGAAGACUGUGUUAGCUCACAAUGGUCCGAACACCACCGUAUAAGGCUGCCCGGUUCGUAGUCUCUCGUUAGCAACAGCUUCCCCACCACAGUGGAGCACUAUUACUGUGUCACUGUAUGCUGAAAUGGAGUGCGUAUGUGACUCGUACCAAGUUUUUAUGAAAGCUGAAGGAAUGAUGCUUCACACACACACACACACACACACACACACACAAAAACCAAAGCUGAUCUGGAAGUAAUUUUUUAGUUAUUGGUCAUAAACUGUUCGGAACAUUGUGAGCUAACUUGGUGAUCGGAACAUGGUGAGUUUACGUUAGUUUCUUUCCAAAGCGAAACUGAAUGUGAGCUUUUAGAGUCUGUGUAUUAUUCCAAACCCGUAAAUGCACGUGUGUGUUGUAUCUGUAAUGCUCUCUGUAUGGACUAUAAUUUAAGAAGAACAAAGGGAGUGGUAGUUUGCCUGUCUCUGGUAUGGGUGCAGCUGUUUCGUGUUGGUGUCAGUGGAUCUCAACAAUAAAAAGAUAAAAAUUAA